AGAGGCAGGAAGAGUUGGCAAAGGAGUGAUAGAAAAGAUAAAGAGGCUGAGCCACGGAGGGCCCGGGAAGGAGGGAACCGUCUUGAGAUUGGUGCCCCGCCCCUCGUGAGCUCCGCCCUGCCCCUCCAUGCAGUUCCCCGUGGGCCCCGCCUGCAUCUUCCUGAGGAAAGGAAUCGCUGAAAAGCAGAGGGAAAGGCCACUGGGACAAGAUGAGAUGGAAGAGCUCCAGGAGGCAUUUCUUGAGUUCGACAAGGACCGAGAUGGGUUCAUCUCUUGUAAGGAUCUGGGAAAUCUCAUGAGAACAAUGGGUUACAUGCCCACGGAGAUGGAACUGACUCAAUUGGGCCAGCAAAUUCGCAUGAACUUGGGUGGCCGUGUCGACUUUGAUGACUUUGUGGAGCUGAUGACUCCCAAAUUGCUUGCAGAAACGGCUGGGAUGAUUGGCAUCCAGGAGAUGCGAGAUGCCUUCAAGGAAUUUGACACCAACGGCGACGGGGAGAUCACCCUGGGAGAGCUGCAGCAGGCCAUGCAAAGACUUCUGGGCGAGAAGCUCACCUCCCAGGAGAUCUCCGAGGUUGUCCAGGAAGCCGACGUGAAUGGAGACGGCACUGUGGACUUUGAAGACCGCUGACCGCACCUUCCAUCACUGGAUCCCCAGUUCCUAGCACAGAGCUCAACAUGUGUAGACUGAGUGACUAGAUAAAGGAGAAAGAUCGGAGUCCUGUGCUGACGGGAGCAGAGAUCAUUUUUGUGGGAGACGAACCGGGCUUGUCCAGUUCCGAUGAUAACACUGACUCAAG